CUAAGCAUCUACACUGAAAGAACAAAGGUUUGUUCAGUCCUGGAAAGAAGUUGCAACCACCAACCUACCCACUUCCACACCACCAUGUAAAUCCUGUGUUUUUUUGUUUUGUGCACUCAGAGUCUAAAGCGGGUCUGCUUUUAUUCAGAAGCUUUUAUUUUCAAAGAUUUUCUUCACUGUUUUUCCCUACAUAGAUUUUUUUCUUUCCCAUAAGGCACAAUGUUUAAAACAGUCCAAAGCAGUAUGAAUAUGUAUUUGUAUUUAAUGUUUGUGCUAGAAAAUACUUUUUUGUUUUCCUCAUGGGAUGCAGUACCAUCUUAAGAGAUGCUAAGUUUCUUGUCUUGAUAUGUGGGCAAAUAAAGACCCAGUAAUAUCUACAAUUUGUAGAACUUCUAGAAAGAGAAUUCCUCCACACUAAAUCCAUUCGUUCUUUCAUUCACACAUAUUUGAGAGUCUUUUAUGUGUCAGGAGCUGUUGUAGGUGUUACAGGAGCAGCAGUGAGCAAGACAGGCAAGGUCCGAGUUCUCAUGGAGCUCUCAGUGUAGUGAGAAAUGGACAAAAAGACAAAUGUUAAAAGAUGGGACACGUUCUCUCUAUAUAAUUAAAAUGGGAUAAUGGCUAGAGGGAAUGAAUGACUACUUCAGAUUAGGUGGUGAGGAAAGGCCACAUUUAGGACUUGACAUUUUUAGGCAGGGCUCUGAGGAGAUCCAUUCUUGAGAAGGGAGGAGAGUAGGGAGAGCAUUUUAAAGCUGGUGUAAACCCCUGAGGAAGAAACAAAAAAUGGCAAGAAGAGCUGGUGUGCAGUUGGUGGUAGGAAGAGAAAAUUGGAAGGUUAAGCAGGGCCCGACUGUGUAGGUCUUUCUAAGUCAUGGUUGGAAAUUGGGAGCUUUCUGUGACAGCUGUGGUCAAGCUCUAGCUGGCUCUUUCUCAGCACAGCUUUUAAAUACUGGAAUCCCCAGAUUUUUGUCCCGGGCCCCUUUCUCUUUCAAUAUUCUUUAGAUCGUCUCAUUUAGGCUCACGGUCUUAAAAACUUUAUGUAACCAUUGCUCAUAACUGUGCAUCUCCAACCCUGGCAUUAAUCCUUCCCUAGCUCCAGAGUCUUGUAUCCAUUUGCCUAUAAAGUCACUCUACUUGGAUUUCAGAUGGGCAUCUCAAAUCUAACAUGGCUGAAUACCUGCCCAGUUGCUUAAGCAACAAUCUAGGGCUAUUCUUGAUUUCUCCAUUUCUGUCACCACCACCCCAGUCCAAUCCAUCAGCAAGUCCCGUCAACUCUCUCCAAAACAUAUCUUGGAUCCAUCCACUCCUCUCCGUGUCCACUACGUCCACUCAGUCCAAGCCAUCAUCUUUCACCUGGACUCCGGCAAUAAUCUCUUACUUGGUGUCCUUGCUUCCACUCCUGCCCUUCUACAAUCACUGACAGCACCCAACAUGAUCCUUUUAAAAACAAAAAUCAGAAUGUCACUUCCUACUUAAUGUCCUCUCAUGGCUUCUUAGAAAAAUAAAUCCAGGGACUUCCCUGGUGGUCCAGUGAUUAAGACUCCGCACUUCCACUGCAGGGGGUGCAUGUUUGAUCCCUGGUCAGGGAACUAAGAUCCUGCAUGCUGCAUGGUGUGGCCAAAAAAAAAAGGAAAAAUAAAUCCAUAAACCCAAACUCAACCCAAACUCAUUAAGUUUCCACAGUGGUUAUUGUUAACAGAGAAAUAAUAAAAAUCAGCUUGGAAAACAAUGCAUGAACCUAUUUAAAAUGAAAAAAAUAUCAGAGAAGAGGAGCAAGCUUGCUAAAGAAUAGAAACCCUUGCCAAAGGCAGCUGUCAAGGAAGUACAAGCCCACAAACACUGAGUUCAAGAGGAAGGACUGUGAUAUGAAUACGAGAAUUCUGGAGCUAUCAGUCUCAGGGACAGUCUUAAGAGAGACAAGGUUCCCAUCAUUACAUCCCCAGAUUUAACCACAGCUGCUCAGCUUUCAUCUAUUUAUCUAUUGAUGUUCUUAGGAAAUGUCAAUACCAAAACAAAUCCAAGUGACAACUACGUUAGAUUGCUAUUCAAGAGAAUGAGCCUCCAUUGAAUUUGUGCAAGAUGGGAUGCCCAACAGAACCGGAAAAUCUUAGACCAUUGGAGAUGUAAAGACCAGAAUCAAGGAAAUAUGGGUAAUAUUUGUUAUUUACUGUGAGGGAGAAACUUCCACUUAAAUCCCAGUUGCCUCCAGCUGCAUUGUGCUCAGCUGUGUGCUCUGGACUCAUUAAUUAAUACAGAGGUAUUUUCUAGCCCUUCCAACAUCUUUCUUCCAAAUUCUCUUUGCUUUCCUCAAACCCUGUUGGUUGUUACAAUUUUUUCUUUUUUUUUUGGUUGUUACAAUUUAGCCUCCAACCCAGAUGUUGCAAACUGAAGGCUGAAUUACCCUUUCAUAUGUGUGCUAUUUGUCCUUGACAAUGUUUUGGUGUAUUGUUCUGUUUGCUUUGUUUUUAAACAUUUUCGUUGCAACAUUUAAAAAUGAGAUUUAAAAUUAAAAUCUGCAUUUCCAGCUUCUCUUUUAAAGUUGGCCCUUUCAAGAACCUUGAGUCCAUAUCCUUGAGUGGCAGCAUGUGGAGGAAGCCGAGUGACACUCCACCUGUUGGGCGGCUCUACCCUUAGGGCAGGUACUCUCUGGUUUGCUCUCUGCUCCACCACCCCUAAGUGUCUCCCUGACGAGACACAGCUAAGGGUCAGUUGUCAGUUAUAAAUAUGCUCUCAUGGUUGUUUUUUUGCUUAUUUUGACCCAUUUUACUCACUUACCCGCCUGGUCCUAUAAUUAUUUGAGAUUGGGACUCCAAUUCUCACCUUUGUCUCUCAGCUUAUUAAAUGGAAUCUAAUUUCUUUCCUAUCACUCAUUACUCUGCUGCUGACUAUGUGAAGUCUCUGGGUGAACUGUUGGAUAGAACCCAGAAUCAUCAUCUGGCAGAGGAUAUAGUAGAGUGACUUAACUUCCAACAGCCUGCAGAAAACUUGGCUGGGAGCUUCCAGCUAAAACAUAGGCUACAUGUUUUAGACAUCUUAAUUCAUACUGCACCUAAAGGCAUAGAAGUCCUUUUAAAAAAUCACAUUUGGUUUCUCCCUUGCUCCCCAUAUCCAGUUGGUAGCCAACUCUUCUUGGUUCUAUAGCAUCUUCAGGCUUUGUUACUGCCUAUCUGGAUUCGCAGUAGCUUCUCAGCUGGUGUAAAUUUAGUUACUGCUCCAAUCAACACACUCUAACACAGCUUCUUUCUAAAUUAGACUUAAUUAUAUCAUGCAUCACAACUACCCGAAUAGAAAAUAUCAAUAGAUAUGCUUAGAAUGAAUAUGCAUGGAAUCAAAUUCAGAUUUAGCCUAACAUUCAAAAGCUACCCAAACCCUUCUUCAGCCUACUUCUCAUCUUUUUUUCUCACUCCACCAUCCAUACACCGUAACUCCAGUCGCUGUACCUGGGCUUUCUCCCCUCCAAGCCAUUGCUCAUGUUUUUAAAAACAUGUCCAUUGUUUAAGUCUCUUCAAAUCCCAGCUCUUUAUGACACCUUUCCAGAUCCUCCCAGAUGAAAUUAACCUUUCCUUCCUCUGUUUUCUUGGGAUGUUUUCCCCAGCUCUUAUCAGAGUCUGCCUUUUUCCCCAGCUCUUAUCAGAGUUAUAGUUCCUUGUAUUUUUCUCAUGCCCUACAUUUGAGGCUAUGGAGGGCAGGGACCAUAAUUUACACAUCUUUUUAUUUCCUGCACCCAGCAGAGAGUUUAGCACAAGUUGAACUGAAACAAAUAGAAAAUCUAUUUCUUGAAGCAACUUAAUGACUUGUCCUUAACGAUCUGGGGUCCAAUAUAACUUUCAAAAUAGGAUUCUAAGCCUCUUUUUUUCCCCAGGAUAAAAUUAAUUUUUUUGUUUAAACAGUUUAUAUGUGUGAAGUUUUAAAAUACUUAUUGGGAAGUAUACCACAUCACCCAUACCAGUUCUAACAAAAAUGACAUAAUCUGACAAAUGCAGAAUGUGGGACAUUAUAUAAGACAGUGCUCCAGGACUGUUAAACAAGUGUCAAUGUUAUAAAAACCAACCAACCAAAAAUGACAAGGAUAUAUAUAUAUAUAUAUAUAUAUAGAGAGAGAGAGAGAGAGAGAGAGAGAGAGACAAAAAGCAAAAGUGAGAAAAUAUUAGCAAUUAGUAAAUCUAGAUGAAGAGUACAGGGUAUUUCAUGGUACUAUUCUUUGAGUUCUUCUAUAGGUUAAAAACUUUCAAAAUAAAAAGUUGGGGAAAAAGGAAACAGGAAGGAGCUGAAAGGACUAGUUUAAUUUCCUAACUGUAUUCCUUUUAGUCUAUUAUUAGAUAAGUUAAUAGCUAAGUAGUGAAAACAAAACAUUUAUUUGGGUAUACCUUUAUAUUUAGGAUUAAACCAGCUAGGAGUGAACCACAUAGUUGGUUGUAAGAAUUACUAAAUCAGAAAUGCAGUUUUAUUGCUCAUUAGAGGGACUUCGCAUACUUUAUGGUUUCUACUUUCAAAGAAAAUAAACUGGAGGAAAUGGACGAGGUGCGUAUCAAGGAAUUUUUUUCACUGCGAGUAGAUUUGGAAAUAUUUAACAAAUCCUAACUUUUCAUUAUCACAAGCCUCGGUAUCUAUGAAAGUGAUUAUAUUGAUUUGCCCUCUUUCUCUAGGUGAAAAAAAAACCCCUAUAUCUUUGCUAGGCUGUAGCUAAAUCGAUCUGGUUGAUGGAGGCAGAGAAAUAAAUAUAUUGGUGUAAAAGGACAAAUAGGAGAUAAGGCUAUGUAUUUAUUGCCCAUUUAUGUAAUUACAUGUGUCACUAAGGACAAAGGUCCUUAAAACAAAGACGAAAGGCAGAGUAGAAACAGUUCCCUAUAGAAAGAGAGAUGGAUUUUCUACCACUUCCCUCUUCAUGAAUUUUUCUUUUGCGUGGUUACAUAUCCUUCUGGUUUUAUUAUCACAUUUGAAAACUUAACCAUCUUUUUGGGCACAGUUUGAUGGCUGAAGAUAUGCUUCACUCCAAUAAAAAGAAAAUGAACAUUUUUCAAGAGCAUUCGUAGGCUUCGAGCUGAGAGGACAGCACUUAGUUCCUGAGGUCUGAUAAUCAUUCUGUGCGGAUAACUACCAGGACCACGGCACCAUGGAUGUGGUGGGCGAAAACGAGGCCCUACAGCAGUUCUUCGAAGACACAGAGGGCUGACUCUCCUGAAGAGAUGACAUGAAAGCAGAAGAGAGAAACUAGCUGAAGAAACUCCCACUCACCCAUUGAAGUUUGGGAGGUGAGGGGUAGCUCCUAAAACCAGAAGCUGUGGAUGGGCAGGAACCACUGGACAGCUCCUGAGAUCUAAGAGGAAGAACAGUCCCUUCAGGAAGCUGCUGUCAAACAAGCUUCAAGGUAUUUUCUGCCCUCCUCUCUCUGCCUGAGAUUUAAAUUUCUAGUUAGCUAUUAUUAAAGUAGGGUGGUAGGGAUGCAGGGUAGGCAAAAACAUCUGCUACCCAUGAGCUGUACAGGAAUAUUAUGGAGGUGUCAAGUUUUUGGGAAAAUGAAGAAAAUGCUGAAGAUUCUGGAGCAGAAAAGCAGAGACUCAAGGGACUGACCCAGAUGGAAUGGAUCUAGAGAGGCUUCAAGGGAGGGUUGGUAGAAUUGUUGAGCACAAGAGAGAUGUAGCUUGGAAAAGUGCCCAAAUGGUGCCGGCACAUAGUAGACAGUAAUCUUUAUAGAAUAAAAAUGAAUGAAGAACAGUGCACAGACUAUUCUGUUCAACAGUUUGAACUCUAGGUUCGGAGCACCCAGCAAGUUCAAAUAUGGGAAGAAGAAAAGCUUGCCCAGUAAGCAGAGCAGAAAGCAGCAGAAAGGUUCAGUGAAUAAAACAGAGGCCACUGAGACAAGUGCUGCCAGUUUGUGGGAAGCCUCAGAUUCCAUUAUCACCAGAGCUCAAGGGGCCAGUGGCACUCUGGGGAACCCGACGCUGGAUACAAGUCUGCUGGAGGAAUUCUUGGGCAAUGAUUUUGAUUUGGCGGCCUUGCAACGCCAGCUCCCAGACACCCCACCCUAUUCUGCGUCAGACUCCUGCUCUCCUCCACAGGUCAAAGGUGCGUGCUGCCCGACUCUGACACCUGCCGCCGGGGGGAUGCCAGCUGCUUUCCUCCUCUCGGCAGCUGCUCCUGGGAGGCUGCCUGCACACCUGCCGCAGGGCUCGUCUGAAAUGAGCGACUCUGCGCAUUCCCACAGUGCCUUUCACAACUGCUACCCAGACGCCCGUCAUCUCAGGACCCCUCUGGACCAGUCUGUGUCCUCCCAUCUGGAAACUGGUUGUUCUUACCAUCCGCAGCCUCUGUGCCACAGUCCUGGACCCUCAUUGCCACCGACCAAGAAGAGAAAGUGCACACAGGCGCUGGAAGACUCCGGGGACUGUCACGUGUGGGCCCACCACUCCAGACCAAUGACAAGUAGGAGUCACAGCAGCGAAGUGCAAGACCACGACAGUGAGAGACAGAACAUGAUGCCUGUGGACCAGUGCUCUCCUGCUUUGAAGUGGCAGCCAUACCGAAGCGUUCCUUGGCAUAGUUUAUUAAACAGUCAAUAUGAAAAACUACCUGAUAUAGGCUAUCGAGUUGUUACAGACAAAGGAUUUAAUUUUUCACCAGCAGAUGAAGCUUUUGUUUGCCAAAAGAAGAACCACUUUCAGAUCACCAUCCACAUCCAAGUUUGGGGAAGCCCAAAAUUUGUCAAAACCCAAAUGGGUCCAAAGCCAAUAGAAAUGUUCUACUUGAAAGCUUUUGGGAUUAAGGUAGAGGCCACCAAUCAGAUAAUUGCUAUUGAACAGUCCCAAGCAGAUAGAAGCAAAAAGAUUUUCAAUCCUGUUAAAAUCGACCUGUUGGCCGACCAGGUAACCAAAGUAACGCUGGGACGGUUACACUUCAGCGAAACCACGGCAAAUAACAUGAGAAAGAAGGGAAAGCCAAACCCUGACCAGAGAUACUUCAUGCUGGUGGUCGGACUGUAUGCUGCUAACCAAGACCAGUUCUACCUGUUGUCUGCUCACGCCUCUGAACGGAUCAUUGUAAGGGCCUCCAACCCUGGGCAAUUUGAAAAUGACAUUGAUGCAUUAUGGCAGCGAGGACAAGUUCCAGAAUCUGUUGUUUGUCAUGGUCGAGUGGGCAUAAACACAGAUGCACCGGACGAAGCCCUGGUUGUCUGUGGCAACAUGAAAGUGAUGGGGACGAUUAUGCAUCCCUCUGACAGCCGGGCGAAGCAGAACAUCCAGGAGGUUGACACAAAUGAACAGCUGAGAAGAAUAGCCCAAAUGAGGAUUGUCGAAUACGACUACAAGCCUGAAUUCGCAUCUGCGAUGGGAAUAAACACUGCCCAUCAAACAGGGAUGAUCGCCCAGGAGGUGCGAGAGAUCCUGCCCAGAGCCGUGAGGGAGGUUGGCCAUGUCACCUGUGAAAACGGAGAGACGCUGGAGAACUUUCUCAUGGUGGAUAAGGACCAGAUCUUUAUGGAAAAUGUGGGUGCAGUGAAGCAGCUUUGCAAACUAACCAACAACCUUGAAGAAAGAAUAGAAGAGUUAGAAAUAUGGAACAGAAGACUGGCCAGGCUAAAGCGGCUCAGUAGUUGGAAGUCCUCCGCCAGUGAAGUGAGCUCGAUCAGCAAAUUUAGCAGAGCUCUUAGUGCAUCUUCUCCAAAAAGGACCAUUCCCCAAAAAACCAGCAAGGUUUCUUUUUCAGGAAGAAAACAGUCGUGUCCCAAUUGGGUUUUCCAGACCUUGGUUAUAACUCUCAUUGCUGUGAUGGCAUUUUGUGGCUUGACAAUAGUCUCCCUUUACAUACUUAGCUUAAAAGAUCAAGACCGAUGUACCCCAAGUCUCCCUUUGAGCAACCUCACCAGCUCCCAGGAUCCGGCUCUGCCACCCACAGCUUCCCCCUUGGCACCUAAUACAUCUCUGGCAACCACACAACCCCCCUUCCAAGUACCAGAGAUCACUUUCUGUGAGAUCCUGCCAUGUCAGGAGACUUACUGCUGUCCCAACUGGGGAACAAGAGGCGGCCUCUCAAGCCCUGUGCAAAGACAGCCCAAGGAGAAGGAGCCCCAUCAGAGGCCAUGGGCAGGAGACAGGAGCACAUCAUUCUUGGCAGGACAGGCGCUAACCAACCUUGACUGGGGGAGCGACUGGAUUGAUACAACCAUCAGUUCUAUUCAGAUUAUGGAAAUCCAGCAAAUAAUAGAUCGUCGGUAUUGCAGUAGAAGCCUCCAGUGCGGGUCUGGAAAUUACAAUUACCAUAUUCCUGUUAAUAAGCACACACCCACCAAUGUAAAAUUCUCUCUGGAAAUCAACACAACAGAGCCACUGAUAGUCUUCCAGUGCAAGUUCACCCUUGGAAAUAUGUGUUUCCAUAGUAAAAGGGAAGCCAAAGGCAUGCAAAGCCACCAAGAAGUCUCCCAGGAGAUGACACAGGGAUAUCAGCACAUUUGGAGCCUCCCUGCAGCCCCAUUCUUUGACAGCGCAUACCAUUUCCGGGUAGCUGCGCCGGAUUUAGCUGACUGUUCAACGGAUCCUUAUUUUGCUGGGAUAUUCUUUACAGACUACUUCUUUUACUUCUAUCGACACUGUGUCUAAUUUAUUCAAGUUUGUUUGGGGACUUUACCAAAGAACAAUACUCAAAUACAGUUAACGGAAACUUACAACCUCUUGCAACUUCUUUCUUCUCUUUGUAAAACAUUCACAUUUAUUGCCAAAGGGCUUUUUCCAGGCUUUGGCUUCCAACAGUUUUGAGACAUUAAUGAGGAAAAUAAAGUGUUUGCUGGAACUUGAGAUAAUGUGGUGUUUGAUUUUGCCAUGACUAUGAGGAAAACGUUUCCUGGAGUAAACAGCACUGUCGGAUUCGAAAAUACUGCUUCUGUUACUAAGGAAGCUGUGAAGUCAAAAUGGGUAGGUUUAACUUUACUUUGUCUUAAUGUAUCUCAAUGCUUUUGAGAAAAACAAAAAGGCCUAUUUCAGCCAUGUCAACUUGGACCCGCUAAACACAGACUCUUGAGAAUUUGUG